AUGGUCGCUUGUACCUAUCACAAUGCGUCUUCGUACGCCCCAGUCUUUCCAUCUCCUCUCAACCCUACAAACCAUGGACCCGAGAACAAAUAUGCCACAGCUCCAGGCCGUAUUGUGCGCCGAAGAAGAAGUCGACGAGGACCUCCUGGAUCUCACACUCUCACUCAACGACUCCUUCGCGUAAAGGCAGCGGAUGCUUGGAGAGGACAUGUUCUGAGUGCUCAGGUUGUUCAGUAUGAAUAUGCUGAAGCUGCUGUCAUGGGACAUAAAGCACCACCAAAGAGCCGAAACUGUCUGUAUUCAAUGGCCGGUCUCAAGAACCUCGGCCUCAACUUCUCACUCUCCGACGCCCACCGAAUCGCCAGCAACAUCCGUCUUCCCGAUCUCACAUGUCUCAGGACAAGACGCAUGCUGCUCGCCAUGGGUCUCGUCGGCCUUCUCCCCGCUCUCAAGGUCCGCGAUAUGCUCAGAGCAGCUGAGACAUUAUGA